GAAAGUCUCUGUGUGUGUGUGUGUGUGUGUGUGUGUGUGUGUGUGUGUGUGUGUGUGUGUGUGUGUGUGAGAGAGAGAAAUACACACUUCCCUGCAGUCAACCCGGCGCGCGAGACUGCUUCAUUCCGAGCUUCUUCAGAUUCAGAAUCUGUCUUCAAUGUCACAAAGAGCAGCUUCAAGAAGAACACAAUGGAAAAUGGGAAUCUUUCUGUCCAGACCUCCAAAACAGACUCGGAUGUGAUUGCAAAUGUAGAAAACGAGAACGUGGCGUCACCACGAAUCACCAGCAACACUCAACAAGACCGAGUCACCAAACCUAAACCUGCUGUGAGCUUCAGACGCAAGCGUGAGUUCAUUUCGGUGGAAAAUAAAGAUGCAUCGUACUGGGAAAAGCGCCGCAAGAACAACGAAGCAGCCAAGCGCUCACGGGAAAAACGCAGAGUUAACGACAUGGUGCUGGAGAACCGGGUGACGGCGCUCAAUGAUGAGAACCUUCGCCUGAAGAUGGAGCUUCUGCAGCUGAAGCUCAGGUUUGGGCUCAUCAGCUCCUCAUCCUACCUGGAGAAAACCCAACAAAUCAGCAGCACUGCUGGAGACAAGCACAUGUCUGAAGAGCCAAAUUUCCACAGCAUCCUGAUGAGCUCGGACUCUUCGGAGACGGAGCAAAUAACUCUGAGUGAAGGUCAGGUGUCGUUAACCAAAUAUCCUUCUCGAGGAUCUCUGUCUGAUUCCUCAGACGGUUCGUCUGUGGACUGUGUUGAACCGCAAAAGAACGAAAUGAAGCGAGAAGGUUCAGGCGUUCACGUCGGCGUCAUCGACAUCGCGAGCCGACACCACGGCCGAGCGCAGAACCAUCACCACAAAGCACAAGAACAUCAUGGGUUUCAUCAGCCAGCUUCUAACCAGAGGAGCGUAAUUCUCUACAACAGCAGCUCCUACGUCACCAAGAACCCAGCUGAUCCAGAGCAAACAGGAAGUGAUGAUCCGCCGAGAUCCUUCGCUUUAGAGACUCUCUCAGAAGUGGCUCAGCAGCUGGCGAGUGGAUCGCUGCAUGGACCAAAUGACCAGUACACCAAAAGUGAAACAGAUGUUCAUUACAAACUUGAAGCCCAUCGUCUACAGAAGACGGCUGAUCCCCAGCACCAGAACAUCUACCUCACUGACCCUCCAGCACUAACUGAUGUGAGAGACCACAAUUUCUUGUGUUUGAAUAAGGAUGUGUCCUCAAGCGACGGAGAUCCUCGCAGCUCAGACAAGGAAGCGUCCACUGAUGACGAGUCUCCAUCUUCUUCAUCCUCAGAAACCGGUCAGAGCUCACACUCUGGUCAAAAUGGAGAAAAAGUUAAAACAACAACAGCGUUACCUCACAAACUGAGGCUGAAACAGCGAGCCGUGUCUACAGAGGACUCCACCUCCAUCACUUCAGGCUCUUUAACUCUUCUGCAGCAUGGACAAAACCUCAGGCAGAUCUCCGAUGCUCCUGAACCUUCUCCAUGCAGAGGCAGCGUGAGGAGAGGGUCAGGAUCACGAGGAGGAAGGAAUAAGAAAUAAGACUGAGAUGAUUCAUCAGUUACAGAGCAGAGAGACUUCCUCACCAGCCGUCUGUAUCGUUAACAAACUUCUAAACCUAAAGCCUUGUGUCUUCUGGAUUAGAGCUGAAGGUCUGGUUUCUCGUUCUAUAGCCUGGACUCCUGGUUCCGUAUCCUGGUGUGAUGACCUCAUAUUUUUUAAAACUUACAAAAAGCAAAGCUAAAAUCACUAAAGUCAUUAAAACCUUCCGAGCACUUCGUCUACUUCAGCACUAAGGGAUAACGCUCACCUUCACCCAAGAGCAUCAUGGGAAAAACGUUGAGCGAGGAGACGAUCAGCAGAAUUUCUGUCUGAGAAGAAAUGAUUCACAUUGAGAUGAAGUGAAAUGAAUUAGAUCAGAUUCUGCAGUGCAGCUCUCAACACUAAGGAGUCAGUUAUUACACUCACACACACACACACACACAAACACACACACACAAUUGUUUAUUAGCACUUACUCAAUAUAUUCCAGAUGAUGUGUGUGUGUGUGGUGGUGGUGGUGGUGGUGGUGGUGGUGGUGGGGGUUCCUGUUCAGUUCCUCUUCACUUCCUCCCAGCACUCACACCCUUUACACUAAUUUAAUGUUGGACAUAAGACCGAGUCGCAUCUAAUGCACUGAACUUUGGAGCUCUGUGUUUUUGUUUCAUUAUGAACACGAUGUCUGUAUGGUGUCGGUGUUUGACCUGAAAUGUCUAAAUCUGCCUCCUGUACCAUAAAACUGUGACUAAUAAGACUCGCUGUUCUGCACUUCACAGUACAAUAAGAAUAAACCGAUGUUAAAUAUUCAA